CAAACGGCAGCAGCAAGAGCAGCCAUCAGAGAACGGUGAAUCAGUAAUCUGCUGUACGGAGUAUUUCAAUGGGCAGCACUGCUUCUUGACCCUCCUCUCUGCCUGUUAUUAACUUUUCUCCCUCCCCCUCAGCCGUACGAUAUCCGCACCAUUCCCUUCUUAGCACACACACGCACCACAUCAGCCUCGGCUCGGUCACGCUUUCGCCAAGGUUCUGCCACAGCGGCCAGGGGGACAAGUCAGCUCAGCCACGCCUGAAGUCGUCAUAGCCUGACCCAGCACAAGCACAAGGGACAUUUGAAGACUUGAAGAGAAGCCUCCAGGAAUCCGUCCCAGCACCAGCACACCUCCGGCCUCAAACUCUCUAGCAGAACCCGCAGCAGCUGGAGUGUACUCGCCUGCAAUCGAGGAUUCUUCAUCUCUAUAGCACCUGUGAACCCAACCCCCACCCAUGAGCUGGAAGGGCCUGACGAAGAGCGUCGUCCGGACGCCGCAGUCAAUCAAGCAGCGCUUCAACAUCGGUGAGAUCACAAAGGACCCCAUCUACAUCGAUGCCGAAAGACGCUUUCAAGAGUUGGAGAAGGAGACGAAGAAACUCCACGAAGAGUCCAAGAAGUACUUUGAGGCCAUAAAUGGCAUGCUCAACCAUCAGAUCGAAUUUUCCAAAGCCAUCCAAGAGAUAUACAAGCCAAUCUCCGGGCGCAUGUCCGACCCCGAUUCUUUCAUCGAGGAAGGAAACACCGAGGGUAUAAGAGCAUGCGAGGACUACGAAGCAAUCGUCAGAGAGCUCCAAGAAACGUUGGCACCGGAGCUUGAAAUGAUAGAGAGCCGCGUCAUCCGGCCGGCAGACGAGCUCCUGGACAUCAUCAAAGCAGUUCGCAAAAUCGCCGUUAAGCGCGACCACAAGCAGCUCGACUACGACCGCCACCGCGCCACCCUGAAGAAGUUGCAGGACAAAAAGGAUAAGACGCUCAAGGACGAAAAGGCCAUGUACAAGGCGGAAAACGACGUGGAGCAGGCUACACAGGACUUCAACUACUUCAACGACCUGCUCAAGGACGAGUUGCCCAAGCUCUUCAGGCUAGAGCGCGAGUUCAUCAAACCCCUCUUCCAAUCCUUCUACUACAUGCAACUCAACGUCUUCUACACCCUCCACGAGCGCAUGCAGCGCAUCGACAUUGGCUACUUCGACCUCACCCUCGACAUCGAAGCCGCCUUCGAGAAGAAACGCGGCGACGUCCAAGCCCACGCCGAAGCCCUCUCCAUCACCAAGUUCAAGACUACAGGCGGCCGCAGGCCCGGAGCCGUUUCGAAAUACGGCAACAAGGCCCAAGAAGCGAAAGCAGGCUCAAGUCGCACCUCAACCAUAUCCGAUGAUGCGCCGCCUCCCCCAUACAGCCCGGGGCCCGCGAACAACUCGCUCACACCACCGCUAUCGGCGACGAGUUGGGGCUCCGCGGCGAAGGCCAAAGGGGCCGCGCCGCCGCCGCCGAAACCGAAGCCCGCGCGAUUGAGCGGUGCGCCGCCGCCGGAAACGUGCACGGCGCUGUACGAUUACGAGGCGCAGGCGGAGGGCGAUUUGAGCUUCUUGACGGGCGAUGUGAUUGAGAUUGUCACGAGGACGCAGAAUGACCAGGAGUGGUGGACGGGACGGGUGAGGGGGAAGACGGGCCAGUUUCCUGGAAAUUAUGUCAGGAUAAAUCCGUAAUCCCGUCGCGGGCCUUGUGCAUACUGGAGUCUUGGAUCCUUACGGGUUGUAGUCUAGUCUGGUUGUCUCCUUUGGUUGUCAUUGAGCUUUGGAUAUAGCGUUUUGUAUCAAGUACCCCUUUAUUCCUGGCUCCACUCUCGCUUUAGCGGCAUCUUGUGUUUUUAGGGUUGUAAGGCAGUUUUUGCAUAAAGUUACAUUCGGUCGUGUCUCUGCAAUCGUGUUGCUCCAACGGUUUGUGUCGAGAUUGGGGUCGUUCUGACUCGUUUGGGUGAAGGAAGGUUUGGUUGUAAUUUGUGAACACUAACGGAGUCUUCGAGGCUCGGAGCAUAA